AUGCCGGCGAUCCUCAACACUACACACUGGAGCGAGUGGUUCAUCUGGGACAGCUACAUGAUCGUCGCAGCCACCAACAUCACCAUGUACGCCACGCUGUUUGCGCAGCAAACCAGUACCGCAGGCUAUGUUACUUCACUUGUUGUAGUGGAAGGUUUGUUCUUGAGCCGCUGUGCGCGCAUCGUACAUGCAUCACACGUAUAA